UGGGAUUCUGCUCUGUCCAUCGCUACAGUUCAGUCAUUUGUGAAGGGAGACAGGGCGAAAACCGCCUGCAUCCCUCCCCACAUCGCCAACACCACCACCACCACCAUCAGCCGGGCUCCGUACAGCGUCGCCGUGCACGCUUUAACGUAGCCUUAUAUUAGCACGGGACAUGCGCUAUCAGCUUAGACACUUACUACAUCAGCCAUGCGUAGUUACUGACUGACCAACACGAGAAUAGAGCAAUAUGUGGCCAAUGGGUCUUUAUUUCUAAUGGACCUAUUUUAUUAUAGGUUUGCGCAAUCUACGUGAACGCCUGCCUGGACACAGGAGAGGAUUAAAUUACUGUUGCUGGUGGAUUAUUUUAUUGGCCUCCUCUUGUCACGCCCGAGUCUUUGGUGAUCCGUUUUCCAAUUAGGAGAGGGCGCUCAAAAGCCAGUUUUUUUGCCCUCCACAGAUAUGUCUUUCAGGCGAGGUGUGGUAAGGCAGAGCAAGUUCCGCCACGUCUUUGCCCAGGCGUGGAAAGCGGAGCACUGCAUCGACGAUGUCAGAGUGUCCCGCGUGACGGGCGACAAUCCCCUCUGUGCGGUCAACCCCAAAUUUAUCGCCGUUAUCAUCGAAGCUGGCGGAGGAGGGGCCUUCCUCAUUGUUCCGAUCAGCAAGAGCGGCAGAAUCGAUCAAUCGUGUCCCACAGUGUGCGGCCAUGCGGCGCCGGUGCUGGACAUCCAGUGGUCGCCUCAUGACGACAACAUUAUUGCAAGUGCCUCAGAGGACUGCACAGUAAAGGUGUGGCAGAUCCCAGACGGGGGCCUGACGAGUCCAAUGACUGAGCCCGUUGUAACCCUCGAGGGACACAGUAAAAGAGUGGGAAUCCUGGCUUGGCACCCAACUGCCUUCAACAUCCUCUUGACUGCUGGCUGUGAUAAUGUGAUUUGUGUGUGGAACGUGGGCACGGGUGAGCUUGUGUACCACCUGAGUGACGCCCACCCAGACCUGAUCUACAGUGUCAGCUGGAACAAAGACGGCAGUGCUGUCUGUACUGUCUGCAAGGACAAGGCUCUGCGUGUCAUCGACCCUCGAAGGGGCACCGUCCUCAAGGUGAAAGAGAAGGUCCACGAUGGCACCAGGCCAAUGAGAGCUGUGUUCCUCUCAGAUGGGAAGAUCCUGACCACAGGCUUCAGCCGUAUGAGUGAGAGACAGCUGGCAUUGUGGGAUACGAAAGAUCUCUCUGAGCCAAUGGCUGUACAGGAGAUGGAUACGAGUAACGGGGUUCUUCUACCCUUUUAUGACCCUGACACAAACAUGGUAUACCUGUGUGGAAAGGGGGACUGCACCAUUCGGUAUUUUGAAGUGACAGAUGAAUCCCCGUAUGUCCACUUCCUCAGCUUAUACAGUAGCAAGGAGCCUCAGAGAGGCGCAGGCUUUCUAAGUAAAAGAGGUGUGGAUGUCAACAAGUGUGAAAUUGCCAGGUUCUACAAACUCCAUGAAAGGAAAGUGGAACCCAUUUCUAUGACUGUACCACGAAAGUCAGAUCUGUUUCAGGGAGACCUUUACCCGGACACAGCUGGCUUGGAGCCGGCUCUCCUGGCUGAUGAAUGGAUUGCUGGGCAGGAUGCACCGCCCUUGUUGGUCUCUCUGAGCGGCGGGUACAUGGCUCAUCCAUCCAAGCACAGAGACACUCUCAGAAGCAAACCCCAGCUCGUCUCGCAGGACUCUGGGACUGGGGCCGCCCCGCCUUCAGCAGGCAGUGUAGCAGCUCCCGCAUCUGCAUACGUGAGCAAGGAGAUGGAGGAUGAGGUGCCACAGCCGCGAGUAGCCACAAGGGAGACUGAUGGAAAUACUGAGAGGCCAAAGAAAGAGGACGAUGUGUUGAAUGAGCUGUUAGCAGAAAUGAAGGCCUUGCGCGCAGUCGUCCUCGCUCAGAGCCAGAGAAUCGAGUUGCUGGAGAGGCAGCUGGCGCGGAUUGAGGACGGGGAUGUAUGAGCAAGGCAGAGAACCACUACAUUCGGACGGAGUUCUUACUAAAUCCAUAGACCAUAGCCUUACUAGGAACAACAGUACCUUUAAGCUGUGUGAGUGGGAGAAUGUAGUGUAGUGUAGCGUGUGAAUCACACUGGCUUACAACCAUGCAGACUAAUGUGAUGAAAACGAGACCACAGUGUAUUCCUGUGAUUGUUUUCCCGACUGUGGCAGAGAAUGGGGUGUCAUCUGCGUAGAGUGAUUUCUGACAGUGAGAUAAUGUUUUGGUUGUUUUUCAUAUGAAGGAGUAUUGUAGCAGCUAUUAGAUGGUGCAUAUAGUGCAGCUUUGAGCUUUGCAAAAUCAUCACGUUAAUUUUGAAGGGCUUUGAAGGCGAUGCAAUGCCUCAAAUUAAUGCACAAAGUAGUGAUAAAAAGCAUUAUCUUAAAGCUAAUGAAGGUCAACAUACUAUAGCAAAGCAAUGAAGUACCUCCAAUAUGAUUUUCUUUUCUCUGAAGCACUCCCAACUGUGUAACUAUUAGGGCUAAUUUAUCAGGUAGUUAAAGUUGCUCAACUGUGAUGUCAUAUCGGACCAAUUGUUAACUCAUUGUGUAACUUGUGCUUUGUUUUACUACUUCAUUAUUAUUAUUAUUAUUAUUAUCAUUAUAGGACGCCGUGUGUAAGGUAAACGGUACGAAAAAAUCUGAUGGUGCACAAAUCAUAAUCUUGACAGUGAGAAUUAUGUGAAUAAUAGCUGAUGAGCUUGUAGUUGAAUAUUUAUGUGUAUCGUAUUUCUGUGUUGUCUUUGCAGUCAGUGAAAAGGUAACAGUUGUGAUUUUGUACCUCCUGUAACACCACGAGACAAGAUAUUGAUAAGAUAAGAUAUAAAUACGCAGAAAUACUCACCUCUUCCCUCUUUUGACACAUUUGGAAAGGCUGCUAUAUCUGGUUCCCGCUAAAGAACCAGGAUGGGGUUUUUUUGCAGAGCUGCAAACUUAAGACUUUUUAGUUGUCACUUUGGCCAAGCAUCUAAAAUGAGUUUCCCAAUUGACACAGAGCCUAAAUCACAUGUAUGACCUAACACUAGCUAUAGUGCAAUUCACUAAAACACUAGAUUUUAUUUAGCAAUUCCAAUGUUAAGUUAAAAUGAAAAGUGAAACAUUUUUCUACAGUCUGCAAAUGAAUGUGUAUUGCAGUUAAAAGAUGGAAAGUUCUGUAUGAAUGUUUUUUGUUGUGUUUUUUGCCAUCACAUUUAGAGGCAUAAUCUGUUACCUCUGCACCAGUCAGCGAUCGUGUAACAAUGGUACAUUACACAUCUAGCAUAUCCCUUUAUUACUUAAGUCAUUUAUAUUUCUUUAUGCACUUACCUCUUAACACUAACUGUAAAACCACUAGCAGGUUAAAUGUGACUACAUUGUGACAACCCAAUAAACAUUAAUUCCUCCUUUGUAUUAA